UCUUGAGCCGUGAGAGGGUAAUUGUUCUAAGGUGUUUUAAAGACGUGGACGUUUCACUCCUUCACCCUCUCCACCGGCUUCUUCCCACCAACUCCAAGAACGUUUGACAAUUCACUGGGCUACAAACAUGGCCAAAAACACAACCUCAUCUCGCUAAAUUCUCUCAAAUCCACGGGCUUCACACACAAUCUGAUCUCUCUAUAAUCCACCGAUUUCAUCUUUUGGCUUUGCGCGCAGAUCUUCCAGCUUUUAUUAGUGUUUUCUGAAGGUUUGGAUAAAAGUUACAAGACAGAAGCUGAAGCUGUAAAGUGUUAACAGUUUCCUUGUGGUUCUUUCCCAGAUCAACUCAAAUAUGGCACCAACAGGGCAAAAAGCACGAUCUAUAAUUGUUAUAGGCUAGCAAUUGAAGUGAUAGAGCAGACUGUGAACACAAACUCAGAGAACAGACAUGGCCGAGGUAGUUUCUGCAGCAGCUUCUGCAGGAGCAGUUGAAGUGUACAAAGAUGUGAGAAAUGCAGUUGCUUCUAUUGAUCAAGUAAGAGACUAUGAGAGAAGGCUAGAUAAAAAUUCUGAAAAACUAAAGGAUGAAGCAAAAAAGCUCUAUGCAAGGAAGGUUGAUUUAUUAGCCAAAAAAAAUAGAGACAGGACAAAGCAAACUACUGAAGAAUGCAAUUUGUGGAUUGGGAUGGUCAAGAAACUUGAAAAAGAUGUGCAAGCCCUCUUAACUGAAUAUGAAGAAGAAAAGAAACUUCAGUUUAGUUUGGCGCGUUUUCUUCAUCGUUCAGAUCUUAGCAAACGCAUCGUAGAAAAAUGCAUUGAACUGCAAAGUUGUUGGUCAGAAGGGAGCUUUUUUGCUACGGAUUUUAUGGUUGAGAGAUCGACGAGACCUAUCAUUAAAGCGAAGGCACCAAAAAUAGAAGACAAAUCAAUACUAUACGAUGUUUUUGUAGAGAUAUUGAACUUUUUAAGCACGAAGGAUGUAAGAAGAAUUGGACUUUGGGGAAAGGUAGGUGUUGGCAAAACAGCAAUCAUGCAGAAUCUAACUGAAAAUGAAAAAGUAUCUAAAUUGUUCGAUAUAGUCUUCUUUGUAACCUUAAGCGAUGAAGGGGAUAAAAAUAAGCUACAAGAAAAGAUUCAAUGUCAAAUAGCACAAGAACUAGAAGUGAAUUUAGAAGGGUUUACUGAAACUAAGAAAAUUGCUUCAAUAAUAUCAGAAAAGUUGGAAUCCACUAGAUAUCUACUUCUUUUAGAUGAUGUUUGGGGUGCAUUCGAUCUCGAUGAUGUUGGCAUUUAUGAUAAGGAGGAUAGCAAAGUUGUCAUUGCAUCUAGACAUCGUGGCAUUUGUCGUGAGAUGUGUGUUGAUCAUAUCAUCAAUGUACCUCGACUCUCAGAUGAUGAUGCUUGGAAUCUUUUUGAGGAAAGGUUGGGUCGGAAGUUGAAUUCAGAUUUUAAACCGUUAGCUCUCCAAGUCAUUAAGGAGUGUGAUAACUUGCCACUUUUGAUUGAUAAAGUGGCAAGAGCUUUUAGGAGGAAAGAUGAGAUCCUUUUGUGGGAGGCUGGAUUGAACAAAUUGCGAAUAUGGCCUAAUGUCAAAUGUGAUGGCAUGGAUGAUUUGUUUGAUUUACUAAGAUUCUGCUAUGAAGAAUUAGAUGAAGAUGAAAAGAUUUGUUUUCUCUAUGGCGCAUUAUUUAGUGAAGGUUGUGAAAUAUAUAUAAAUUAUAUGCUAGAGUGUUGGAGAGCUGAAGGUUUCACUCAAGACGUAGAGCAAUUCACUGCGCUGCAAAAAGGGCAAGAGAUAUUGCAUGAUCUUAUGGAUGCAUCAUUGUUAGAAUACAGUGAGAAGGUAAAGCAUGUCAGGAUGAACAAAGUAUUACGCAAAAUGGCCUUUAAAAUCUCAUCAGAAAAUGAAGAUUCAAAAUGGUUGGUGGAAGCUGGCAAAGGCAUCCAAAAGGCCCCUGAAAGUGAAGAAUGGAAACAAAAAGUAAGAAUUUCUCUGAUGGAUAAUAAAUUGUGCACUCUACCAGAAAGUACAGAUUGUAGCAAAUUAUCGACUCUCUUCCUACAAAGAAAUGUUGAUUUGGCAGUGAUCCCUGCUCUAUUCUUCGAAUAUAUGCAAAGUCUUCGAGUUCUAGACUUACAGGGCACCAAUAUUACCAAAUUGCCAUCAUCAUUUUCUUAUUUGGUACAUCUUAGAGCUCUUUAUUUAAAUUCUUGCAGAAAGUUAUUGGAGCUUCCAAGUAAAAUAAAGGUACUUAAGCUUCUUGAAGUUGUUGAUAUUCGGAACACUAUGAUUAAUACUCUACCAGAUGAAAUAGAAUAUUUGGGCAAGCUGCGUUGUUUGCGUAUGUCAUUGUCCAAAAUAGAUGUGGAAUUGAUGAAGCCAGAAAAAAAAAAUUCUGCCAGUAUAAAAAGAGAUGGAAAAUGGAAGAAGAUUGAAAUAAAACAUGCUGCCAUUUCAAAACUUUCUUCAUUGGAAGAGUUGAUUAUCGACAUAUAUCCGGAAAAUCCGUGGUGGAAACCUGUUGUGAGAGACAUAGUUAAGAAUGCAAGUGUCUUGACAAAUUUGACUCAUCUUUCAUUUUCUAUUGGCCAGUACCAUUCAACCAGGUACAAAAUUCUUGAUUAUUUUGGACGCAAAAUCUGCAAGGUCUUGAAAUAUGCAAGUGGUGCAGGCAACCUUGAAGUGCCAGAGGUACUUGCUGAAGCAGAUGCAUUCGAGCUAAUUGGACAUAAAGGGGAGGUGAAGUUAUCAGAUUUUGGCAUUGACAACCUGGCCAAAAUAAAAAGUUGUUUGAUUGAAAGUUGCACUGAGAUGAAAACUCUUAUAGACUACAAUGGUGGAAGAACAAAUCUUUUUGAGUGCUUGGAGAAACUGUACUUAAGCAAUGCCCCCAAGUUGGAGAAUAUUUGGGAGGGUCCGGUGCCUUCUAGAAGCCUAGUGAGAUUGAAUACUUUGGUUUUCUUCAAAUGUUCAAAAUUGAAGAGGAUUUUAUCUUGCAACUUAAUUGAGCAAUUCUGUGAACUGCAACAUUUGGAGAUUGAAGCUUGUCAUGAAAUUGAAGAGAUUACUAUGGAAGCAGCGAACAAUAGAACAAAUGUUGGUACACUUCCAAGUUUGAAGACAUUAACACUUGUCGGUCUUCCAAGUUUGAAAACCAUUUGGAUUGAUGAUUCAUUGGAUUGGGGCUCUUUGAACAAAAAGAUUGUCAUGUGUCCAUUAUUCGAUAGCCAACCUUCUAGGCGAACCAUUGAGUGAUGCUUUCAUGCCAAGAAUUAAGAUGUAGUAUUUUGUUAAUCCUUGCAUGUUUUUUCUUUAUCAAUGUACGCUAAUUCAUAUGCAUCCAUAAGAACAUGUAAUGUCUUUUGUCCUUUCUAAAGUAAUGUAUAACUAUGUUUUGGUUGAAACUUGUAGUUCUCCUACAUUUUUAGCAUGUAAUUAUAAAUAUUUCACCCACCUCCACUAUGUUAUAACAGACUUCAAAUGCCA